AUGGCGAAGCGCCGCGAGAGCGGCGGCGGGUGGUUCUCCGACCUGUUCGCGCCGAGCGACCUGUUCAAGCCCAGCUCGCGAGAGGAGCCGAUGCCCUUACAGGACCAGUGCUGGUCCUGCUCGACGACCUUUGAGACGCCGCCGCCCUUCGAGUUCUUCUGCUACGCCGACGUCGACGAGCCCCGGGUCGACGUCGUCGUCGACGUCGCGCCGACUCUCGAGCUGACGGACGAGCAGGAGAACGCCGCGGCGAACAAGGCCCUCGGCGAGGGCCAGCGCUACGAGCCGUGGCGCCGGUCGCCGUCGGGCGACGCGUCCGCCGCGCGCGUCGCCGCGCCGUCGCGCGCGGGCCGCUUCCUCAAGUCGAAGCGCUUCGAGAACGGCAUGCUCGUGCUCAUCCUGAUCAACUGCGCCCUGCUCGCGAUGUGGAACCCGCGCUGGGAGCGCGACGCGGCGCGCGACGGCGGCGCGCCGCUCUGGUGGAAGGCGGCGGACCUCGCGAUCCUCGGCGCCUUCGUCCUCGAGGCCAUCGCGAAGAUCGCGACGUUCCGGCUGCGCUACUUCUACAGCGCCUGGAACGUGCUCGACGCCGUCGUCGCGCUGACGGGCGUCGUCGACGCCGCGUACAUGGACGCGCCCGACGUGAGCUUCCUCAAGGCGCUCCGCGUGCUCCGGCCGCUGCGCACCGUGAACCGCGUGCCGAGGCUCCAGCGGACCAUCGCCGUGCUGCUCCGGUCGCUCAUCAACCUCCGCGACAUCGUGCUGAUGAUCGCGGGCGUCCUGCUGACGCUGUCGCUCGCGGCGAUGCAGCUGUGGAGCCCGACGCCCGUGACGCGCUGCGUCUCCGACCUCGACGGGUCGCCCCAGUACGGCGACGAGCUCAGCGCGGGCCUCGAGAUCUCGCAGGUCGCCUGCUGGCUGAACGACGACGCCGUCGCGCCCGGCGGCACCGCGAGGACCUGCGGCCUGCCGCGGCUCGUCGUCGACGGCUACGGUUGCGAGGCGGGCUACUCCUGCGCGCGCGCGGCGUCCGCCGACGGGCCGGGCCGGGGCUACGCGGGGUUCCGCAACGUGCUCACGACGGUCCUCACGCUGACGAACCUGGCCUUUGGCGAGAUCUGGAGCGACAUCAUGCUCCACACGCAGGAGGCCAACGGCGCGGCGGCGGCGUCCCGUGUACUACUUGGCGGGGGCUCCGGCGUGUCCGCGUUCUUCGUCUGCUUCAUGCUCGCCGUGAGCACGAUGCUCUUCUCCAUCGCCGUCGCCGCGCUGCUUUCCCAGUUCCACGAGCGCCACGUCAACGCGAUCAGCGACAGGCUCGUCAAGACGCGGUCCAUGGAGCUCGACGACGACGAUAAGUUCGUGCCGGAGGACAUGUCCCUGCGCAUCCAGCGGCCGCAGACCCUCGGCGACCGGCUCUGGCGCGGCACGCGGAGCUCGCGGGUCCGCCGACUCCUCACGUCGCCGACGCGGUGGCCGAACGUGCUCGUGACGCUCGUCGUGCUGCUGAGCGUCGCGGCCAUGGCCGCCGACGGCUACCACGCGACCAAGUCCGUGUCGCGCUUCGCGAACGUCGUCAACCUCUGGUCGUCCAUCUUCUUCGCGGUCGAGUUCGCGGCCAAGGUCGCGAUCCUCGGCGUCGGGCCGUACUUCGGCGACGCGUGGAACUGGUUCGACUUCGUGAUCUGCGUCUGCUCCGUCGUCGAGAUCUUCGUCGAGUCCAUGCUCCGCAGCGUCAAGGCGCUGCGCAUCCUGCGGCUCGUGCGCCUCGCGCGGCUCGUGCGCGCGGUCCGCCACUGGAACUCGCUGAGGGAGGUGCUGCUCAUGAUCGAGGUGGCGCUCGACGCGGUCUGGCCGAGCCUGCUCCUCCUGCUCCUCUUCCUCUUCAUCAUGACCCUGGGCGCCAUGCAGUUCUUCGGGCCCUACGGCCUCGUCGCGACGUCGCCGAACGACGCGGAGCACGAGCGCGCGGUGCGCUUCGACUCGUUCACCUGGGCCUUCCUCCAGGUCUUCCUCACGGCGCUGGGCGAGGACUGGAGCUACGUCAUGUACUCGACGAUGGCCAAGUGCGGCGAGGAGAGCGCGGCGUUCUUCGUGACCAUCGCCGUCGUCGGGCGCCUCGUGCUCGCGAACGUCGUGCUCGCGUGCCUCUUGGACGAGUCGACGACGCUCUACCUGGACGUCCUCGACCAGCGCAAGAAGCUCCGCAUGAUCUACUACGUCCUCGUCGUGCGGCGGCGGCUGAACCGCGCCUUCUUCCUGCUCCGGCUCCACGCGCGCGUCGCCGAGGCGCCCGGCCUCGCGCUGGCCGCGGCGCGCGCCGUCGAGGAGACGAAGGACGGCGACGCGCCGCGGGAGCCGCGCCUCAACAAGAAGCGGCGCUCGAGCACGCGCAAGGCCCGCGCGAGCGCCGUCCACGUCGAGCUCGUCCACCAGCUCAACGGCUCCAAAAACCAGCUCAACGUCAAGGGCCGGAAGAACUUCGCCGUGCCGCCGCAGAAGAAGAACGCGCGCAUGAGCCUCUUCCUGCCGGAGCCGGCGCGGGAGAAGCGCGUGCGCAUCCCCAAGAAGAAGCAGCGGUCCGAGGAGAGCUGGGCCCGCUUCUUCGAGCACCUCGUCGAAAGUAAGGCGUUCCGCGACGCCGUCGCGUCGUCCGUCGUCACGUGCGGCGUGCCGCUCUGCGACGCCUACGCGGGCCCGGACGCGCGGCCGGGCUGGGCGAUCUUGGACGCCGCGGCGGGGCUGGUUUUUGUGGCGGAGUGCGCCUGCCGCGCGGCGCACGCGUACCACCGCGCGCGGCGCCACCUCGACGCGAACCGGCGCCGGCCCGAGGACAAGCUCCAUUCGUCGCAGCAGAACGGGCUCAGCGAGGACCAGUCGGCGACGCUCCACGGCUUCAUCCACGACGAAGAGGAGGGCGAGCGGCGGCGCCACGGGUGGAAGAUCGACGACCGGCUCCGGCGCGCCGCGCGCGGCGCGGCGAUCGGCCUCGAGCGCGCCGUCGUCUUCGCGGGCAUCGUGGGCCUGAUCCUGGACCCGGGCAACCGCGUCUUCUUCGUGCUCCGGUCCCUGCGAUGUCUCGUCCUGGUCCGCGAGCUCAAGACCGUGCGGCUGCUGGCCGUGUCCGUGAUCUCGUGCGUGCCGACGCUCGGCGCGCUCUUUUCGGUGAUGUUCGUCGUCUGGCCCGUGGCGGCGCUCAUCGGCCAGGAGUUCUUCAAGGGCACGUUCGCCUACUGCACGGACCCGGGCUUCCCGAGAUACGCGUACCGCCGCGGCGAGACCUUCAGCGACGGCUCGGAGAAGGUCGCGCCGUGCGCGAACGAGCGCUGGGAGAACCCGCCCUACACCUACGACGACUUCCCGGGGAGCAUCCUGUCGACGUUCUUACUCAUCGCGGGCUCGGGCUACACGGACCUCAUGUUCUCCGCGAUGGCCGCGACGGAGGCGAACUACUCGCCGAAGAGCGGCCACAGCGAAUUCGCGUUCUGGUACUUCUUCGUCGUCUACUUCUGCCUCAACAUCUACUUCGCCCAGCUCUUCAUGAACCUCAUCUGGGGCGGCUUCCUCGAGAUGCGCAACGACGCCAUCGCGGCGACGACGACGGACGCGGAGGUCAAGGGCUACUUCGUCACGGCCGCGGAGGGCAACGCGCGGCGGCUGCUCAACGGCGUGCUCCACGACGUCAAGCGGUCGAGCGUGCCCGUGAGCGAGGCGCCGCCGACGCCCCUGCGGCUCUGGCUCGAGCGCGAGAUGACGCAGCGCGGCGCCGCGGGCUGGGGCCUCGACGGCGUCAUCCUCGUCAACGCGGCCGCGAUGGCCUGCCGCCACCGGAGCGAGCCGGCCUGGCUCCCCGCCGUCGCCGCGGCGACGUCGGGCGUCGUCGCGUGCGCGUUCUCCGCCGAGGUCCUGCUGGCGCUCUACGCGCGCGGGUCGCUCCCUGUGUCGCUCCGCGCCUACGCGGACGACUCCGCGAACCUCGGCAACUUGUUCGUGACGCUGGCCGCGCUCGUCGAGGCGCUCUGGGGCCGGUCCUGCCGCGACGCGGGGCCCGUCAAGGUCGCGGCCGCCGUGUCCUGCGCGCGCAUCCUGCGAUUAUUGCGGCGCCUGCCGAACUACGCGCAGAUCUACUACGCGGUCACGCGGCCGAUGCGGUUCAUCGUCGCGAUCCUGCUCAUCAUGUUCAUGAUCCUGUACGUCUACGCGGGCCUGGGGCGGUUGCUCUACGCGCACUACGACCUGCCGGAGCCCCGGGGCCACUACCUCGGCUUCCAGUCGCCGGCGCACGCGCUGCUGCUGUUGUUCGUGUGCGCGAACGGCGACGUCUGGCCCGAGCUCGUUAUAGCGGCCGCGGACCCGAAGCCGGGCUGGAACGAGCCGUUGUACAAGUUUGGGGUGUAUGUGUUCUUCGGCUCCUUCGUGGUGAUCAUGGACUUUUUCGUGUUGAACCUCUUCGUCAUGAUCAUCUCGGAGGCCUACGACUCGCUGAGCGAGCCGAAGAUCGUCGCGGCCUACGGCGGCAUCGAGGACCUGCGGCGCGUCUGGGGGAGGCACGACCCGACGGGCUCCGGGCGCAUCCCCGAGGCGGCCAUCUACCGGCUGCUGCGGGACCUGAAGGCGCCCUUCGGGUGCGGCCGCGACUCGCGCUUCGUCGAGCUCAUGGUCCGCGCGCGCUUCAUCCUCGAGGAGUGCCACGCCUACGAGAAGAACCGCCACAGUGCCUACGCCGUGCACCUCGACGUGGCGCACCACGACACGUCCCUCGACACGCUCGCCGACGGCCAGGCCGCGCGCGAGCUCGAGUACCACGCGGUCGCCGCGACGCUCGUGAAGCAGUGCUUCAUCGGCAUCCCCAAGCUCAAGGUCCGCUGGUGCCGCUGCCUCGUCCAGCUCCACGUCAUGCGCUGCGUGGGCCGCUUCCGCCACGCGCGCCUCUCCGCCGCGGGCGACCCGAAGGACACGAACUCGGGGCCCGGCGACGACGUCGUGCCAACAUAAAAUAGUGAAGCUGG